AUGGAUACUUCAAAGAAAGGUUAUGGUAAAGUUGAGGUAGCGCAGGAUUCCUGGUUGAAGGGAAUGACGAAGAAGGGGUGGAUUACAGUAGCCUUUCUCGUCUUGGUUCUUCUCGGGAUUAUAAUCGGCUGCGCCGUUGGUCUCCCCCCGAGAGACAAUCAUAAACCGAGUUCAACGCCCCAGUUGACUCCCGCUGCGUCACUUAAAAGUGUUUGCAGUGUUACUCAGUUUCCUGAUGCUUGUAUAUCAAGCAUCUCGAAGGUCCAGUCGUCUUCAAAGACGACAGAUCCAGAGAGUAUAUUCAAGCUCUCCCUGAAGGUGGUCAUAGACGAGCUCGGUUCCAUAUCCGGUUUACCGAAGACGCUGGCUAAUGCGUCAAACGACGAGCGAGUCAAAUCCGCGCUAGCUGUUUGCGGUGAUCUCAUCGAAUACGCGAUGGAUCAGAUCGUCGAGACGGUGUCAGCUCUGAAAGAAGGAGACGUGAAGAGUAUGCUGAGUUCCAAGACGAUCCAUGAUGUGAAAACGUGGCUCUCCGCUGCGAUUACUUAUCACGAAACGUGUUUCGACACGUUGGAUGAACUCAAAACAGAGUACGCCGAGUCGCUGACCCUGAAAGCCGCCAUGAAGAACUCCACCGAGUUCACUAGCAACAGUCUAGCGAUUGUUGCUAAGGUCCUCUCUUUCGGGGUCCGGGAGGAGUUUCAUCAGAGACGACGGCUACUCAACAAGCAACCGAAUUGGGUUAGACCAACGGUGAGGCGGUUACUUGAGGAGAAGAAGAGAAUAACGCCAAAUGUUACGGUAGCAGCAGACGGCUCAGGCGACGUGAAGACCGUCAACGAAGCCGUGGCCAAAGUUCCUGACAAGAGCGAAACGUUGUUUGUCGUAUACGUCAAGUCAGGAACCUAUGUGGAGAAUGUUGUUUUGGAUAAAAACAAACGGAACGUGAUGAUGUACGGUGACGGCAAGACGAAGACCGUUAUUUCCGGUAGCAAAAGCAACGGCACCGGGACUAGCACCUUUCUAUCCGCCACCUUUAGUAAACAACUCUUCCCUCUAUCUGCUUACUAA